UUCAGACACAAAGCUGAAGAUGUCCUGGACGUAUGCAACCCUGCUGGCCCUCGUCGCUGUGCUUGUGGCACUUUCCUUGUCUCCAGAGGCCGACUCUGCAGCUGUGCCCAGCAGCAAAGGCAGCGUUAAAGAGCCACAAGGUUCAAUGAAGAAGAUCUUCAUGAAGGAGGCAGAUGCAGCAACCUUCUUCAGAACACGCAGCAGACGAGCCUCAAAGUCUCAGGAUGAGAUUAAUGCUGAGCAGAGGCAGAUUCUAGCUGCAGAUGAACGCAUGAGAGAGUUUAACGAGGAGAAGAGGACCCGGCACGAGAACUUCGCUGAAGAGGAGGAUGAUGAACAAAACGAGAAGAGCCGAGAGAGCACGGAGCAGUGGAGGGAGUUUCACUACGACGGGAUGCAUCCUCCUCAGGAGUACAACCGCCAGUCCAUCUGAGGCCCAGGGCUGAAGAGAGGAGAGAUGUGAGCUUUUAGAGAAACAACUUUAAAAACACAAUGAGGCUUUUCUCAUCUGACACUGACGGUUGAGAAAACAGCUUGUUGUUUUCACCCUUUUGUUGUUGAUGCUAGCUUUACAUCCUCAUUGUUUAGUAUUCCCACAGACUCUCAUAAGGUGUGUAAAAGUAAUAAUAACGCAAAUAAUUAUUGCAUUGUUUUUUGUCUUUUCUUUUCAACUUUUUAAUUAAAAAGCAAAUAUGUAGGUAUUGAAGUACUUUUCUCAUUUCCACAAACUGGCCGUACACAUUUAACGAAGGAGACACGGUACAGAAAUAACCAUUAAACUGAGUUAAUGCAUAAAGAGAGAAUGUAUUAUGUUUUAUAUUGAAUGGGCUGUGGAUGAACUAAAGAUUAUUUUCAUUUUUAAAGAAAAGUCAUAAAGUAUUAAACUGAUAAAAUAAUGUUAAGUAUGUUUAAAUAAUGGAGGGCCUGGGUUAAUAGAUGUGCAAUGAUUUCAUGCUACAUUACCAGAAGAUGAAUGCGUGUGAAUAAACUGUAUUUACUCAUAUAUAUUGUACUAACCAUAUACUGCAAUUACUCUAUAUAUAAUCCAUUGUGCUGACAGUUCUUCUUUUAACGUAGUAGUUUUGAUGUAUUGAUCUAUAAUCUUACUGUAAGAAAUAUGUACAAACUCUAACUAACUCACUAACCUGAUAUUUACUCUCAAAGAAUCAACAACCCAUGCAGAACAGUCUCUUUUUUAAUACAUGAAUCUACAACUCUAAAAGCACAUUUCUGCAACAAUACGUAAUACAUGCAAACCGAAGGGCUCUCAAUGCUUCAUAACUUUUGCUUUCUGUUGAUGUUUUUCUUUUCUUUUUGGAGAACAAAUAUAUAGGGAAGACAAAAAAUAAAACACUCAAGACCAAA